GAUGCGGAGACCGGGUGGAGAGCCUGCUUGGAACUGGCUGGAGCCGGCUGGAACCGGCUGUGGUAGGACCGGCCCACCCUUGGUCUGGUCUGGAGUCUGUGGACCGAAUCCGCUCGGGGCUCCGCUGGGCCUCAGCUCCCACCAGCCACACAGCGAGGAGGCUGGGCCGGGAACCGUGACGUGGAGGUUCCGUGCAGUCACUGCGCGGCGACUUCGCCUCCGCAGCCUCUUGGGCAGCUGUGCGCUCACAGCCCCGCGUCUCCCCAGAUGGUGCGGUGGCCACGGGAAGGAUCACCUGGAUUCAGUGACAUUUGAGGAUGUGGCUGUGAACUUCAGUCUGGAGGAGUGGGCUUUACUGGAUUCUUUGCAGAAGAAACUCUAUAGAGAUGUGAUGCAGGAAACCUUCAGGAACCUGGCCUCCAUAGGGAAAAAAUGGGAAGCUUAUGACAUUGAAGAUCAGUACAAAAACCAGGAGAGAAAAUGUAGGAGUUCAGUGGUAGAGAGACUCUGCAAAGGGAGGGAGGGUAGCCAGUGUGGACAAAACUUCAGCCUUAUUCCAAGUCUCAGUCUGAAGAAACUUCUUCCUGGAGGAAAACCCUGGGAAUACAGUGUGUGGAGGGAAGUCUUCAUGCAUCAGUCAUCCCAUAAUGGGGACAUCACAUGUCACAGGCCAUCUGGGUAUCAGAAGUAUGGAGAGAAGCCAUGUAAAUGUACUGUAUGUGGGAAAGUUUUCACUUACACUCAGUUUUUUGAAAAACAUGAAAGACAUCACAAUGGAGAAGAAUUGCAUAAAUGUGAGGAAUGUGGAAAAGCCCUCAUGUGGCUCAAAAGUCCUGAACGACACAAGAUCACACACACUGCAGAUGCUCCUUACAGAUGUAAGGUGUGUGCACAAACCUUUAGUUCUUCAACUUCUCUUCAGACAUGUGAGAGAACCCACAAUGGAGAGAAGCCCUAUCAGUGUAAACUCUGUGGAAAAGCCUUCCGAUAUUAUAAAAGUUUUCAAAGACAUGAAAGACAUCAUCCGGGAGAAAAACCCUAUGAAUGUAAAAAAUGUAGUAAAGCAUUCAGGUAUCCCAGUCAUCUUCAAAUUCAUGAGAGAACUCACACUGAAGAGAAACCCUAUGAGUGUAAGGAGUGUGGAAAGGCCUUCAGGUCAUAUAGUUCCUUACAGCCCCAUGAAAUGACUCACACAGGAGAGAAACCCUAUGAAUGUAAGGAAUGUGGAAAAGCCUUCAGGUAUUACAGUUCCUUACAAAUACAUGAAAGGUCUCACACUGGAGAGAAACCAUAUGAGUGUAAAAAAUGUAAUAAAGCAUUCAGUGCUCCCAGUUGCCUUCGAAAACAUGAAAGAAUUCACAGUGCAGAGAAACCCUAUGAAUGUAAGGAAUGUGGAAAAGCUUUCAGAUUUUACAGUUCCUUACAAACACAUGAAAGGACUCACACAGGAGAGAAACCCUAUGAAUGUAAGCAAUGUGGAAAGGCUUUGAGAUAUUAUAGUUCCUUACAAAUACAUGAACGGAUACACACAGGAGAGAAGCCCUAUGAAUGUAAGGAAUGUGGAAAUGCAUUCAGAUGCAACAGUUUCUUAAAAAUACACAAAAAAUCUCACACUGGAGAGAAACCCUAUGAAUGUGAAAAGUGUAGUAAAGUAUUCAGCACUCCUAGUAAUCUUCGAAUCCAUGAAAGAACCCACACUGCAGAGAAACCCUAUGAGUGUAAGGAGUGUGGAAAAGCCUUCAGAUAUUAUCGUUCCUUACAAACACAUGAGCGGACUCACACGGGGGAGAAACCCUAUGAAUGUAAACAUUGUGGUAAGGCCUUCAUUUGUCUCACCACCAUUCAAAGACACAUGAAAAUGCACACUGGAAAUACACCUUAUGAAUGUAAGGAAUGUGGGAAAGCAUUCACUUGCCUUAGUUUGUAUCAAAGACAUGAAAGAACUCACACUGGAGAGAAACCCUAUGAAUGUAAACAGUGUGGAAAAGCCUACAGAGAUCACAGCUCCUUACAAAGACAUGAAAGGACUCACACUGGAGAGAAACCCUAUGAAUGUAAGGAGUGUGGAAAAGCCUUCAUUUGUAACAAAGUUUUUCGAAUACACCUGCUGAGAGUACACACUACAGAAAAACCAUACAAAUGUGAAGAAUGUGGGAAAGACUUUAGUCAUCCCUAUUCCUUCCGGAGGCACAAAAGGACUCACUGGAUAAAACCUCUUGAAUGCAAAUAGUGUGGGGAAGACUUUAGUUAGCCCACAUCCUUGUAAAACCACUGAAAAUAAAUUUAAAAAAUGGAAACAUAAAAAGGAUUGACGUAAAUUAAUUUAGUUACAGUGUUCUAAAAACUUUAUUGUUAAAAAAUUAUUUUUAAAAUUGAUUUUAGAGACAGCUAGGGAGAGAGAGAGAGAAACAUCAUUUUGUUCCAUUUAUUUAUACUUUCAUUGGUUGCUCCAUGUUUGUGUGCCCUGACUGGGGAUUGAACCCACAACCUAGUAUAUCAGGAUGAUGCUCUAACCACCUGAGAGAUUUGGCCAGGGCUCUUCUACAAAACUUUCAAGAUUAAAGAGUUGUCAUUAAAAUAAUAAGUUAUAUUCACCAGGUUUAAGUUCAUAAUGGCACAUAGGAUUUUUACUACAGUAGAUCCUUGAAAAGCGGGUUAGGGCAAACUGCUAUUUUCCAUACAGUUGAAAAUUUGUGCAUAACCCAAGCCAGCCUUCUGCAUAAAUGAACACCAAGCUGAAGAUCA